AUGUCCACACCUAUCAUGGCGACACCCCAGGCACCCCUCACCCCCGAGCAACGUCUUGCCGCCGAACAACAAGCCCAAUAUGCACGCAUAACGCGCAACCUCGCCAUUGGCGGCCUAGUCCUGUGUCCUAUAAUCGCGAUCAUGCCGCCUCGUAAAUUAGACCUCUACACGUUUUCCUUGGGAGUCGGCUUCUACCUGUCCGCCGAUCACUUGUGCACACUACGGACAGGUCGGGGGUUGAUCUCGAAUCUAAACCCGAUAAAGGCGGUAGAUUCCAUGCCAACGGAAAGGGCGAAAGAGAUGCAGAGGAUAUUGAGGGAGGAACGGGAGAAGAGUAGAAAGGCGGGUGAGAGGACGGAAGUAGAGGAAGAAGGCAAGGGCGUAACUGGCAUUUUGCAAAAGCUGUGGAUGGGGAAUGAGACGGAGGGUUGGAAGGAGCGGAGGCUGAUGGAGGAGAAGAAGGCGUUGGAGGAGGGCAAAAGCUACACAGACAUGAUCUUGGAGCAGAUAUGGGAAGUGUGGAAUUGGGAUAAGAAAAAGGGUGGAGACGGCGAGGGGGAGGGGCCGAAGAAAGAGUAG